UUUAUUUUCUUAAGGUGUCUGGUUAUCAUGUUAAGCAGUUUAAAAGGGCCUUAUGACAUGUUGUGCUAUGUGGAAGGUGUCUCCUUUCAAAUCUGUUUCCCCCUGGGGGAAGAAGAAAAUGAGGCGAAGAUUGAAAAUGUGCAGAAAACAGGUUUCAUCAAAGGACCGGUGUUCAAAGGUGUUGCUUCCAGUCGGUUUUUGCCCAAAGGCACCAAGACGAAAGUCAAUUUGGAGGAACAGGGGCGACAGAAGGUGUCAUUCAGCUUCAGCCUCACAAAGAAAACUUUGCCGAACAGGUUUCUGACUGCACUUGGCAGUGACAAGCAAAGUGAUGCUCCAGCCUCCCCAGCUGUACCUCUUCAAGUAGACUUGACCCCUAAAACUAAAGUGGACGUUGGCGAGACCUUAUCUACUGCAGAAGACUCUUCCCCACCAAAAUCAAGGGUAGAAUUGGGAAAAAUUCAUUUUAAGAAACAUCUGCUUCAUGUAACAUCCAGGCCACUGCUAGCUACGACCACACCAGUGACAUCACCUCCGCCCACAGAACCGUUACCAGCAGUCAUAGCAGAAUCAACAACUGUAGACUCACCACCUUCAUCUCCACCUCCUCCACCUCCUCCACCCCCCCAAGCCACAAUACCCUCACCACUAGCACCAGUAACAGAGCCGGUGGCCUUGCCACAUGCACCAAUAAUGGUUCUGAUGACAGCACCGGCAGAUACAGCAGUUAGAGCCUUGAAGGAACCACCGGUUACAAUUGAACCGGAAUCCUCGGAAGCGGACACUAAGCAGGACACUGUAUCUAACAGUUCAGAAGAACACAUGGCUCCGACUUUGAGUGAGCAAGCACAUCUUCCCUCACAGAAAGAAGACUCCCAUAUUGGGAAGGGGGAGGAGAGUCCAGAUAGUUCUAAGAGGAGUCUGAGCUUGAGAAAGACAGGUUCUAAGAAGAAACCCUCACAAUCUGAAGGCACCUUUCUUGGUUCAGAAUCUGAUGAAGAUUCUGUUCGGACUUCCUCAAGUCAGAGAUCACAUGAUUUAAAAUUUCCAGCAAGCAUUGAAAAGGAAAGAGAUUCAAAAAAGAGCUUAGCACCUUUAAAAAGUGAAGAUUUAGGGAAAUCUUCCCGAUCUAAAACAGAAAGAGAUGACAAAUAUUUUAGUUACUCAAAACUUGAAAGAGAUACUCGGUAUAUGUCCUCUCGAUGUAGAUCAGAGAGAGAGCGAAGGCGAAGCAGAUCUCGUUCUAGAUCUGACAGAGGCUCUAGAACUAGCUUAUCUUAUUCCCGGUCGGAACGAUCCCAUUAUUAUGACUCUGAUCGUCGCUACCGUUCCCCUUAUCGAGAGAGGGCACGUUAUUCUCGGCCGCAUACAGAUAACAGGGCACGAGAGAGUUCUGAUUCCGAAGAUGAGCAUAAAAAGACAUACUCAAGGCGCACCUCAUCUCAUUCCUCUUACAGAGACCUAAGGACAUCAUCAUCCUAUUCUAAAUCCGAUCGGGACUGCAAAACUGAAUCUCACUCAGAGAUGGAGAAAAGAGGGAAGUAUUCUUCAAAACCAGAAAGAGAAUCCAGAAGGACUUCAGAAAAUGAAGCAAUGAAAAGGUGUUGUUCUCCCCUUAAUGAACUGGGAUUCCGACGGGGGUCAUCAUAUUCCAAGCACGAAAACAGUGCUUCCCGUUAUAAAUCUGCUCCUUCAAAAUCUAUAUCCAAAUCUGAUAAAUCAAAAAAUUCUUUCUGUUGUGCAGAAUUAACUGAGGAAAUCAAACACACUCAUUCUUUUAGUUUACAGACUCAUUGUUCAAAGGGUAGUGAAGUCAGGGUGAUUAGUAAACUUCCUGAAAGAGAAAAGACGGGAUCUCCUCUAUCAAAUCGAUUAAAUGAUUCACCAGCUUUUAAAAAGCUGGAAGAACCGCCUAUUUUUAAAUCUGAAUUUAUAGGACAUGAUAGCCAUGAUAGUAUUAAGGAAUUAGAUUCUUUAUCUAAAAUGAAGAAUGAUCAGUUAAGAAGUUACUGUCCCAUGGAAUUAAAUAUAAAUGGAUCUCCUGAUGCAGAAUCUGAUUUGGUAACAUUUUGCACUUCUAAAACUGACACUGUCUUGAUGUCUUCUGAUGACAGUGUGACUGGAUCGGAGGCAUCCUCUUUGGUCAAAGCAUGUGUGCUUUCAUCAAAUGGAUUUCAGAACAUUGACAGUUGUAAAGAAAAAGACUUGGACGAUACUUGCAUGCAGUGUAGUAAGGCAGAAAGCCCGUUUAGAGAAACAGAGCCUCCGGUGUCACCACACCAAGAUAAACUCAUGUCUUUACCUGUUAUGACUGUAGAUUACUGCAAAACUAUAGGUGAAGAACCAGUUGAUAUGAGAGUUUCUAGCUGUAAAGCCAAAGAUUCAGACGUGUAUUGUGCUUCAAAUGACAACAACCCUUCUUUGUGUCAUUCUGCAGCUGAAGAUACUGAGCCUCCAGUUAGGAAGAUUUCUUCAAAUAGCUUUAUGAAUGUGCAUUUGAAAUCAAAAACAGUUAUAUGUGAUCAUCGAAGUCUGACAGAUCAGCACUCAAAAUUUGCAUGUAAGGAAUAUAAGAGUGUUGGUAGCACUAGUUCGGCUUCUGUUAAUCAUUUUGAUGGUUUAUAUCAACCUAUAGAGAGUUCAGGCAUUGCUUCAUCUCUUCAGAGUCUUCCACCAGGAAUAACAGUGGACAGUUUAGCUCUCUUGCAAUGUGGAGAGAACACAUCUCCAGUUUUGGGUGCUGUUCUGAAGAGUAAAAGCACAGAGUUUGCAAAGCAUGGAGAAAAAGAAAUGCUAGAAGUAGGCAGUGGCCUUCCUGCUUUAGGUAGGGGGGUUGCUUCCUGGGAAAACAGGCAUAAUAAUGGGCUCUCUGGGAAAUGUCUGCAUGAGGCUCAAGAAGAAGGGGAUAGCAUGUUGCCUGAUAAAAGAGGAAGACCAGAAAUCUCUCUAGAAGAAGAGGGAGGUAGAGGACAUGAACACACUUCUGAUGAUUCAGAAGUUGUAUUUUCUUCUUGUGAGUUGAAUUUAACCACGGAAGACAGCGAGUAUAUGACAUACACCUUAAAGUGUGACAGUAGUGGUCAUGCCUCAGAGAUCGUGUCUACUGUUCACGAAGAGUAUUCUGGUUCCUCUGAAAGUUCAAGUGAUGAAAGCGAUUCGGAAGAGACAGAUUCUGACGACAGCAGUAUUCCCAGGAACCGUCUUCAGUCGGUGGUGGUUGUGCCAAAGAAUUCGACUUUGCCCAUGGAAGAAACAAGUCCGUGUUCUUCUCGGAGCAGUCACAGUUACAGACACUCUUCUGACCACUGGGAAGAUGAGAGAUUGGAGCCCAGGAGGCAUUCAUAUGAGGAAAAGUUUGAGAGCAUAGCAAGUAAAGCCUGUCCUCAGACGGAGAAGUUCUUCCUUCAUAAAGGAACAGAGAAGAGUCCAGAAAUGUGUUUCACACAGAUGAGCAGAAAGCAGAUAGACAACCACCUGACUGAAGUUGCUCACCCUCAGAGUGACGGAGUCGAUAGUACAAGUCAUUCUGAUGUAAAGUCGGACCCUGGAGGUCAUCCAGGUUUUGAAGAAACACUGAGAGCCAAAAUAGCUUCCAGGCAAGAGGAGUUGCCACUUUAUUCUUCUGAUGGUUUUGAAGAUGUUCAAAAUAAGUGUUGGCAACAGACCCCUUUCCCUGAUAGGCCAGAUAGUAGACUGGGAAGAACAGAAUUGAAUUUCUCUUCCUCUUACGAGAUCUCCCGAGUGGAUGGCUUCCAUUCAUCGGGUCUUUACAAAGUGCUAGAGCUCAGAAACAUGGGCUGGGACUUCUCUCCACAAGAAAAGCCAACGACCACGUACCAGCAGCCUGACAGCAGCUAUGGAGGCCGUGCUGGGCACAAGUAUCAGCAGGGCACAGAGCCGUACGCUGGGACACGGAGUUCCUGGCAAGGCAAUGGCUACUGGGAUCCCAGGUCAGCAGGUAGACCUCCUGGAACUGGGGUUGUGUAUGAUCGAGUUCAAGGUCAGGUACCAGACUCCUUAACAGAUGAUCGUGAAGAGGAAGAGAAUUGGGUCGACAAGGGGUCAGUGCAAGCACCUGAAAUAAGCAGCAAUUCCAUUAAGGACUUAUUAGUCAUAAAUGACAAGAAAGCUCUUUCAAAAAACUUAGAAAAAAAUGAUAUGAAAGAUAGAGGGCCUCCUAAAAAAAGGAGGCAGGAAUUGGAGAGUGAUUCUGAAAGUGAGGGUGAGCUUCAGGACAGAAAGAAGGUGCGAGUGGAGGCACAGCCGUGCGAGAUGGCAGCGCCCCCAGGCUCGGCGCUGGCCGGGCCUUCCUGUGUCAUGGAGGACUUCAGAGACCCCCAGCGAUGGAAGGAAUGCGCCAAGCAGGGGAAGAUGCCUUGUUACUUUGAUCUGAUUGAAGAAAAUGUUUAUUUAACAGAAAGAAAGAAGAAUAAGUCCCAUCGGGACAUUAAGCGGAUGCAGUGCGAGUGCGCGCCUCUUUCUAAAGAGGAGAGAGCUCAGGGUGAAAUAGCCUGUGGGGAAGACUGCCUCAACCGCCUCCUCAUGAUCGAAUGUUCUUCUCGGUGUCCAAACGGGGAUUACUGUUCCAAUAGACGAUUCCAGAGGAAACAGCAUGCGGAUGUGGAAGUCAUACUCACAGAGAAGAAAGGCUGGGGCUUGAGAGCUGCCAAAGACCUUCCUUCGAACACCUUUGUCCUGGAGUACUGUGGAGAGGUCCUUGAUCAUAAAGAGUUUAAAGCCCGGGUGAAGGAGUACGCGCGGAACAAGAACAUCCACUACUACUUCAUGGCCCUGAAGAACGAUGAGAUAAUAGAUGCCACUCAGAAAGGAAAUUGCUCUCGUUUUAUGAAUCAUAGCUGUGAGCCAAACUGUGAGACUCAAAAAUGGACUGUGAACGGACAGCUGAGGGUUGGGUUUUUUACCACCAAACUGGUUCCUUCAGGCUCCGAGUUGACAUUUGACUACCAGUUCCAGAGAUACGGAAAAGAAGCGCAGAAAUGUUUCUGUGGGUCAGCUAAUUGCCGGGGUUACCUGGGAGGAGAGAACAGAGUCAGCAUUCGAGCAGCAGGAGGGAAAAUGAAGAAGGAACGAUCCCGUAAGAAAGAUUCAGUGGAUGGAGAGCUAGAAGCGCUGAUGGAGAACGGGGAGGGUCUCUCUGAUAAAAACCAGGUGCUCAGCUUAUCCCGGCUAAUGGUUAGAAUUGAAACUUUGGAACAGAAACUUACCUGUCUCAAGCUCAUCCAGAACACUCACUCCCAGUCUCGCCUGAAGUCCUUUCUGGAGCGCCACGGGCUGUCUUUGCUGUGGAUCUGGAUGGCGGAGCUGGGGGACGGCCGGGAAAGCAACCGGAAGCUUCAGGAGGAGAUUAUAAAGACUUUGGAACACUUACCUAUUCCUACUAAAAAUAUGUUGGAAGAAAGCAAAGUACUUCCAAUUAUUCAGCGUUGGUCUCAGACCAAGACUGCUGUUCCUCAGUUGAGUGAAGGAGAUGGGUAUUCUAGUGAGAACACGUCACGGGCUCACACGCCGCUCAACACACCUGAUCCCGCCACCAAGCUGAGCACUGAAGCUGACACAGACACCCCCAAGAAGCUCAUGUUUCGCAGACUUAAAAUUAUAAGCGAGAACAGCAUGGACAGUGCCAUCUCUGAUGCCACUAGCGAGCUAGAAGGCAAAGAUGGCAAAGAGGACCUUGACCAGUUAGAAACCAUCCCUGUAGAAGAAGAGGAUGAGUUACAGUCACAGCAGCUGCUCACACAGCAGUUGCCAGAGUCUAAAGUUGAUAGUGAAAUUGCUGGGGAGGCCAGUAAGCUGCCCACCCCUGAACCGGAGGCUGACGUCGAAGUAGAGCCGAAAGAGAGCCACAGCGCGAAGCUAGAAGAGCAUGUUGCUGGGGAAACGCCGUCCCAGGACGAAGAGGAGGGCGUGUCUGACGUGGAGAGUGAGAGGAGCCAGGAGCCGCCAGACAAAACCGUGGACAUCAGCGAGUUGGCCACCAAGCUCCUGGAUAGUUGGAAAGACCUGAAGGAGGUCUAUCGAAUUCCAAAGAAAAGUCAGACGGAGAAGGAGAGCACAGUAACUGAGCGAGGAAGGGAUGCUGCUGUCUUCAGAGAUCAAACCACUGCCCCAAAGACUCCUAACCGGUCAAGAGAGAGAGACACAGACAAGCAAACUCAAAGUAAAGAGAAAAGGAAACGAAGGGGCUCUCUCUCACCGCCCUCCUCUGCCUAUGAGCGAGGGACAAAAAGGCCAGAUGACAGAUAUGAUACACCAACUUCUAAAAAGAAAGUACGAAAAGACCGCAAUAAACUUUCUACGGAGGAGCGUCGGAAGUUGUUUGAGCAAGAGGUGGCUCAGCGGGAGGCUCAGAAACAGCAGCAGCAGAUGCAGAACCUGGGAAUAGCAUCUCCACUGCCCUACGACUCUCUUGGCUACAGUGCCCCUCAUCACCCCUUUGCCGGCUACCCACCAGGGUACCCCAUGCAGGCCUAUGUGGACCCCAGCAACCCCAAUGCUGGGAAGGUGCUCCUCCCCACCCCCAGCCUGGACCCUGUGUGCUCUCCUGCUCCUUACGACCAUUCUCAGCCCUUGGUGGGACAUUCUACAGAGCCCCUGGCUGCCCCUCCACCUGUGCCAGUGGUGCCACAUGUGACAGCCCCUGUGGAAGUUUCCAGUUCACAGUAUGUGGCCCAAAGUGAAGGUGUGGUACACCAAGACUCCAGCGUCACCGUCUUGCCUGUGCCGGCCGCGGGCCCAGUCCAGGGACAGAACUACGGUGUUUGGGAUUCCAACCAACAGCCUGUCAGCGUGCAGCAGCCGUACUCGACGCCCACACAGUCGCAGCCAAGCAUCUAUUACCAAGGACAGACGUGUCCAACCGUCUAUGGUGUGACAUCACCCUAUUCACAGACAACGCCACCGAUUGUACAGAGUUAUGCCCAGCCGAGUCUGCAGUACCUCCAGGGGCAGCAGCUCUUCUCAGCUCCAGGAGUGGUGGUCCAGCCAGCCGCCGCCGUGACGACGGUCGUGGCGCCAGGGCAGCCUCCGCCCUUACAGCCACCUGAAAUGGUUGUGACAAAUAAUCUCCUGGACCUGCCGCCUCCCUCUCCUCCAAAACCAAAAACCAUCGUCUUGCCUCCCAACUGGAAGACGGCCCGCGACCCUGAGGGGAAGAUUUAUUACUACCACGUCAUCACCAGGCAGACUCAGUGGGACCCUCCCACGUGGGAGAGCCCAGGCGACGAGGCCAGCCUUGAGCAUGAAGCUGAGAUGGACCUGGGAACCCCGACAUACGAUGAAAACCCCAUGAAGGCCUCAAAAAAGCCCAAGACUGCGGAGGCAGACACCUCCAGCGAGCUGGCCAAGAAAAGCAAGGAAGUGUUCAGAAAAGAGAUGUCCCAGUUCAUCGUCCAGUGCCUGAACCCUUACCGGAAACCAGACUGCAAAGUGGGGAGAAUCACCACCACCGAAGACUUCAAGCACCUCGCCCGGAAGCUGACUCACGGCGUCAUGAACAAGGAGCUGAAGUACUGCAAGAACCCGGAGGACCUGGAGUGCAACGAGAACGUGAAGCACAAGACCAAGGAGUACAUCAAGAAGUACAUGCAGAAGUUCGGGGCUGUUUACAAACCCAAAGAGGACACGGAACUGGAGUGACAGGACCGGGCGGGCGGCGAGCAGGCUGGACAGACUCGGCGAGGAGCCUGCGGCCUCCUGCCCGCCUCCGCCACACCGUGCUACUGAUGCCCCCUCACUGGGACCCGCCUGCAGGCCCUGGGAGCCCAGCAACGAACUCAGUCUCCAGCAGGCGGUCCCUGGCCAUGAGCUGUUGGGGGAGGUUAGAGGCCAUCAGAGGCCCGGGCCCAGGGAGAUGCUUCCCUCGGACCCUGGCCAGGCCUGACCCCUCUCACACCUGGGUCUCCUCCUUGGCGGUGCUGUCAGCGCACGGACCAUGCGCAUCCCCACCCACCACCUCUACCCUGACGACCUGUAUUAUAUUUUAAUGUAUAUGUGAAUAUAUUGAAAAUAAUCUGUUUGUUUUUUCCUGGUUUUUGUUUGUUUUUUGUUUUGCUUUUAGCCUUUACAUGCUAGGAUCACAGGAAGACUUUGUAAGGACGGUUGAAGUUCUCCUGCAAGGUUUAAUUUGUUAUCAUGUAAAUAUUCCAGAGCAGGCUGCCUUGUGGUUUCGGCCAGCCUUGUGCUAUGUUGAUAAGAUUGAUUUACUGCUUAAAAUCACUUUACUUUAUCCAAUUUUUACUGAACUUUUUAUGUAAAAAAUAAAAUUAAUUAAAGAACUUGGUAUGUGUGUU